CUUCGAUGGUCUGGAUUUUACUUCCAUGGAAAAAGGAGUAUUGUCUUACAGUCAGCAGGCCACUAGCUCAUUAACUUCCAGUCACCUUAAUUUUUGUUAAAAUGAAGAUUCUGCAGUCUACACUUCUCCUGUUACUGUUUGUGCCUCUGGUAAAGCCAGCACCACCAUCUCAGCAGAACACCGAUAAUUUUGAAGAAAUUUUAUUUACUCGACAUUAUGAGGAUCAAUACCUGGAUGGAAAAAAUAUUAAGAAAAAAGAAUCUAUGAUAACACCUGAUGAGAAAAGUCUUCAAUUACAAAAAGAUGAGAGUUCAACAUCAUUACCCCUCAAAAAAGAAAAUGAUGAAAUGCCCACAUGCCUGCUGUGUGUGUGUUUAAGUGGCUCUGUAUACUGUGAAGAAGUUGACAUUGAAGUUGUACCACCCUUGCCAAAGGAAUCAGCCUAUCUUUAUGCACGAUUCAACAAAAUUAAAAAGCUGACUGCCAAAGAUUUUGCAGAAAUACCUAAUUUAAGAAGACUCGAUUUUACGGGAAAUUUGAUUGAAGAUAUAGAAGACUCUACUUUUUCAAAGCUUUCUCUGUUAGAAGAACUGACAUUAGCUGAAAAUCAACUAUUGAAACUUCCAGUUCUUCCUCCCAAGCUUACUUUAUUUAAUGCAAAAUACAACAAAAUCAAGAGUAGAGGAAUCAAAGCAAAUACAUUCAAAAAACUGAGUAACCUGUCCUUCCUCUAUUUGGACCACAACGCGCUGGAAUCUGUGCCUCUUAAUUUACCAGAAAGCCUGCGUGUAAUUCAUCUUCAGUUUAACAACAUAACUUCAAUUACAGAUGAUACAUUCUGCAAGGCUAAUGACACCCGUUAUAUUCGGAACCGCAUUGAAGAGAUACGCUUGGAGGGAAAUCCCAUCGCCCUGGGAAAGCAUCCCAACAGUUUUAUCUGCUUAAAAAGAUUACCUGUAGGCUCAUACUUUUAACCACUAUUAGUGCAGCAUAUAAACUAAAGCACACACAUACUUAUAAUCUAUCUCAACAAUGUCUAAAGGAGCAUAAAUACCUGUUUAAUAUUAACUUUGUUUCCCACUAUGAAGGAAUUUUAUGUUUUAAGCAAGUAUGUUCAAAAGCUUACAUGUAAGUAAGAAGUAAGUCUGAAUCUCUAAGUUUAAAACAAGGUAAUGAGAACAUAUUUAAACAGUACUACAAAAUCUUUGUAGUCUAUAGUAGAGCGCCAUUUAAAAGGUAUGUUUUUAUGCAAAUACCCAAAAUUAAGAAGUAUUUCUAUUACUAAUGAAGUAAGAGGAUUAGUCCAAGAAACUUUCAACUGUCUUUUCUGGCCUUUAGUGGAUCCCUAAAAGUAGUUAAGGCUGACAUUGCAAAAACUCUGAAAAGCUAAAUAUUUCCAGUGAUCUCCCAUUUUUCUUUUAUAAUUCAGACAUUAUUCAUUAUGAAGGAGAAACUCUUUCUUUCUAUUAAGGCAGCUAUUAUCUUUUUACUUAGCCUGAGAAAUAGGGUAUAGUCUCAUAGGUAAAACUUUCCAAAUAAAGUAUAAUUUUACUCUGAUAAAGAGCUAAUAUAGUAAUGUUCAAUGUUAUUCUGCUUUGUAGUCACACAGUUAAAGGUUUCAGUAGAACAGUAUAGAAAUCUCUUUCUUCCACAUUAACAUUCUAAAUCUAGUAUAAAAUAUUUUAAGAAGCCAAGCAGAUAAAAACCAGUAUGCUUGAGGAAAAAAAAAAGUCCAUCCCAUUUCUCAGAAAACAGCUAUAAAGUUCUCUAUUGUAAAGGCUUACAAAUAUGAUAAAUACUGCAAAACAUUUUCUGUUUACGUUACAGGAAUGGGGAAUCUUAUCAAUAAAUUUGUCCGAAUGUAAGACAUAAAAACCAAAUGAAUUCCAUGGUGUUAUUACAUACCACCCUCCCAUCCACCCAUACACAUACCCGUUCACCCAAACAGACCUUAUAUUCACAAGAAAGCUUCUGAGGAACAUUUUCUAUAGAUCCAUAAGCAACUAAUACAUUUAAUGGUGAGAAUUCAUCUUCAAUCUAAUAGUGAAGACUUAUGAUGACACAAUGCUGUCAGAUUAGUUUCUAACGUAACUUUACAUUUGUCCAAACCCCAUUCAAAAGUCUUUAUCUCCACAUUAUUUUGGAGUUACAUACAAAAUUAUCAGUGCUUCAGAAACAUGACUGAACUGUGUAUAUAAAAAUUACCGCAAAAAAAAAAUUAUGAACAUUGGCCCAACCCAGUUUGGCUCAGUGGACAGAACACUGGCUGCGGACUGAAGGAUUCCGGCAAGGGCAUGUGCCCUGGUUGCAGGCUCGAUCCCCGGGCCCUGUGCAGGAGGCAAGCAAUCAAUGUCCAUGUUUCUCUCUCUCUCCUCCUCCCUUCCACUCUCUAAAAAUCAAUGGAAAAAUAUCCCCGGGUGAGGCUUAACAACAACAAUAAAAUUACUGACAUUGUUUCCAAUAUAAACUGUACAUUAGAAUCAAGCUGGUCUCUGUAUAUUAUUCCCAGAACAAAUACUUAUUCCUAGUUUUAAGCAUUUGCUUCCAUUUGUUUCUAUUUUUCCCCUACCUAGAAUGACCUAUCUGUUUUUCAUUUUUUCCCCAAUUUGUCAAGGUUAACCCCAAAAUAAAACUUUUUCACUAAACAAUCUGUGAUCUUUUAAGGCCAUAAUAAUUACCUCAUAACACUUAUUAACUCAUUCAUGUAUUUUAUUUCAGUAACUGAUAAUCAUGACUAUUAUACUGCUUUCUCAUUAUUUUGUGUGCAUGCCUCAUUUCUCAAUGACUGAAGCUCACUGAGCACAUAAAUAUUCCCUUUAUACUUUCAAAGUCCUAGCAUGAUAGUGAGUACAUUUAAUUGAAGAUAAAAUAAACAGUGCAAAACAAAACCCAUUUAAACAGAA